AUGGACUCGUCAAUGUUACAGGCCACAGACUCCACAGAGAGUGUUUUCGUGAAGGCUGAGCCCUGUGAGGAUGUGUGUAAAACAGAUGAGCCUACGUUCGAGGGAGUGUCUGUGAAAGCUGAGCCUUUGCUGGAUGAUGUGUGUGUAGAAGACGAGCCCAGGGGCGAAGGUGUUUCUAUAAAAGUGAAGCCUUCGUGCUUAGAUGUGUGUGUUAAGGACGAGUCGCUCGGUGUGAGCGCGGCGGCGGGGCUGUACACCGACCACGUGGUGAAGGAUGAGCUCGUGCUCGGCCCCGUGAUAGUGGAGCAGCGCGUGCGCCACGCAACAACAGCUUCCAACCUGGUUUUAGAAGCGAAGCAGUCAUAUGAGAUUGUCUCUGGGAGACCCUCUCUGAGGGACUGCUGUGUUAGACUGGAGCGCCUUGUUGUGGACACGCUGCUCACUGGCACUCGGAGCACAGACCGGGACAGCCCGAACCAAGUUCAUGAAGCUGGAAGUCAACACAGAGACACCACAGUUGGGAAUCUUAAAGGAAACAUUGGAGAUGACCUGAUAAUACUCUCAUCAUCAAGCGAAGGAUUGCAAACAAUGCUGAAUGACCUGGUAAGAGAAAGUGAGAAGGUGGGAUUGGUUAUGAACACACUAAAGACCAAGGCUAUGACUAACGACAAACAAGAAAGCCAUAAGAAAAGAAAAAGAGGUAGACCAUUUAGAAGAUGGGUGGACGACAUCAAAGCCAUAGCAGGAAACACAUGGACGAGAGUUGCCAAGGAUAGAGAGGAAUGGAGAAGUUUCGUUGCAGGGCAAACUUCACAGAAGAAACCGAGCGGCAACACCAAAACUCACCAAUGUGCCCACUGUGAAUAUACAACAGCUGUGAAGUCAUGUUUAAUAAGGCAAUUGAGGAAACAUACCAAUGAGAAGCCAUACAGAUAUGGCCAGUGUAGUUUCGCUAGUGCCCAAAAAAAUCAAUUGCGAGGACAUGAAAGGAUACAUACUGGGGAAAAACCUUACAGAUGUGACCAGUGGAGUUUCGCUAGUGCCGAAAAAUCUAAUUUGCAAAAACAUGUAAGGAUACACACUGGGGAAAAGCCUUACAAAUGUGGACAGUGUAGUUUCGCUAGUGUCCAAAAAUCGAAUUUGCAAAAACAUGUAAGAAUACACACUGGGGAAAAGCCUUACAAAUGUGGACAGUGUAGUUUCGCUAGUGCCCAAAAAAAUCAAUUGCGAGGACAUGAAAGGAUACAUACUGGGGAAAAACCUUACAGAUGUGACCAGUGUAGUUUCGCUAGUGCCGAAAAAUCUAAUUUGCAAAAACAUGUAAGGAUACACACAGGGGAAAAGCCUUACAAAUGUGGACAGUGUAGUUUCGCUAGUGUCCUAAAAUCUAAUUUGCAAAAACAUGUAAGAAUACACACUGGGGAAAAGCCUUACAAAUGUGGACAGUGUAGUUUCGCUAGUGCCCAAAAAAUUCAAUUGCGAGGACAUGAAAGGAUACAUAAUGGAGAAAAACCUUACAGAUGUGACCAGUGUAGUUUCGCUAGUGCCGAUAAAUCUAAUUUGCAAAAACAUGUAAGAAUACACACUGGGGAAAAGCCUUACAAAUGUGGACAGUGUAGUUAUGCUAGUGCCCAAAAAAAUCCAUUGCGAGGACAUGAAAGGAUACAUACUGGGGAAAAACCUUACAGAUGUGACCAGUGUAGUUUCGCUAGUGCCGAUAAAUCUAAUUUGCAAAGACAUGUAAGAAUACACACUGGGGAAAAGCCUUACAAAUGUGGACAGUGUAGUUUUGCUAGUGCCCAAAAAAUUCAAUUGCAAAGACAUGUAAGGAAACACACUGGAGAGAAGCGUUACAAAUGUGACCAGUGUAGUUUUGGUAAUUUUUGCAAAAUCCAUAAAAGCAAACAUACUAAUGAGACACUUUAGAAGUGUGACCUUACAAGUACAAAGAUUUGUUAACCAGAUCUUCAAGGACAUUUUAUGAAUUAUAUAACAAUUCAAGUCUUGGAGACCCUUUACAUCUCUGGAUAAUUUGAUGUUUUUUUUUAUUAUUAUAUACAUUUUAUCUCUGACACCUAGAGACUUUUCAUCUCUAAACAAUUUUAGUACUUCUGUUAUUUGUAUAGUUUUUAUUAGUUUUUUUUCCUUGUGUUUUAAAUUAUAUUUAUGUAAUUGUUUUUUUGUAAUUUUGGGUUAAUUUUAUUGUUUGUAAAAAUUGACAUGUAAAAGUGCCCCUGUGGCCUAUUUGCUGAAUAAAUGUUUGAUGUUUGACAUUAUAAAGGUAAAUAUUAAAAAUCUUACGUUGAAUGCAUAUCUCAUUGAGCUCAACGAGGAUGCGGAGUGUUAGGGGUCGGCAACGCGCAUGUAACUCCUCUAGAGUUGCAGGCGUACAUAGGCUACGGAGACUGCUUAACAUCAGGCGAGCCACCGACGUGUUUGCUACCGACGUAGUAUAAAAAAAUACUGACAGAGAAAAAUGCCCGCAAUUUGCGAAUUUCGAUUUUCG